AAAAUUGGAAGGCGAAGAAGAGCGGUGUUUUUCUAGGUUUUCUCCCGAUUGGAAGCCGAAGAAGAGCGGUGUGUUUUGUGUUUUUCUUUUUCAGAUUUUCUCCCAAUUGGGCGGCGAAGAAGAGUGGUUUUCUCCAAAUUGGAAGGCGAAGAAGGGCGGUGUUUUUUUUUCUAGGUUUUCUCCCAAUUAGAAGUCGAAGAAGAGCGGUUUUCUCCCGAUUGGAAGGCGAAGAAGAGCGGUGCUCACGAUGGUGUACAUCGCUUCUUGGGAGGAGUUCGUCGAGAGAUCCAUCCAGCUUUUCCGCGCUGAUCCCCAAUCUUCUCGGUAUGUGAUGAAGUACAGGCACUGCGACGGAAAACUUGUGCUCAAGGUCACUGACAAUCGUGAGUGCCUGAAGUUUAAGACGGACCAGGCCCAAGAUGUAAAGAAGAUGGAGAAACUGAAUAACAUCUUUUUCACUCUGAUGGCUCGAGGCCCUGACGGUAAAACUCAGUUUUCGUAAUUUUCUUAUAGAUAUUGAUCACUUCCUUCAUUUCGAAUGGUUUACGUUCCCUUGGUAUUUUGAUCAAGUCAUUGGCC